AAAAAUGUCAACUGUUCUUGUUCUUGGAGCCAAUGGUUAUAUUGGAUUGGGUGUUUCACAAGCAUUGCAAAGAAAUGGAUUCUCAGUUCAUGGAGUCAUUAGAUCAGAAAAACAUGAAAAGUUAUUGUGGCAAAGUGAGAUUACACCACUGAUCAUUUCCAAAGCCGAAACUUUGUUUACUGAAGAAAAGUUUGGUAAAAUUUUGGAAAAGACAAGUGUUAUUAUAGAUUGUAUUGGGUUGACUGAAGAAACUGACAAGUUUGUUCAAUUGUUGAAAGACCAUUCUGCUGAGAGAUUGAAGAAGAAACUUGGAAGAUUGUUAUUCGUAUUUACAAGUGGAAUAAUGACCUAUGGAAAUGCUUCAAGUGAAACAUUUUUGGAUGAGAAUGUGAGACCAGAGCCAACUCAUUCAUGGACUGAGAAGAGAAAAAAUUUCGAAUUUGAAUUGGUGAAUGGAGAGUUUAAUUAUUUGGAUACUUGUGUGAUUCGUCCUGGUUUCGUUUAUGGAAAGAGUGGUGGUGGAAUUUUCACUGAUUAUUUCAAUCCAAAGAUUACUCAAGAUGGUAAACUAUCAAUUGCUGGAUCACCAAAGAAGAGAUGGAGUUGGGUUCAUGUUGAUGACUUGGGAGAAGCUUAUUCGAAAGUUGUACAAGUAGGAAGAAAGUUAGUUUCUGGUCAAUUAUUCAAUAUUGCAAAUCCAAAUGAUUACCCAACCUAUGAUCGUGUUAGAAUUGAGAUUGCAAAGCAAACAGGAUGGAAACCAACCACUGAGAAUGAAGCAGACUCACUUCUUAUCGAGCCAGUCCCACAAGAUAAUGCAGGUUUAGUUAUUUUUGAGAAUACUGUCAUGAUUAAUCCAAGAAAGGCAAUUGAAGUGUUGGGUUGGGAACCUAAACACUUGAAUUUCAUUGAAAAGAUUCAUUUAUACUAUCAAUCUUGGAAGAAUUUGCAAUAAUUAAUUUGAAACCUUUCCAAUAAACAAUCUUUACAUGAUGCUAAUCCUAAAUUGGAAUAAAUCUCUAGUUAAAUCUCUAGUAU